GUGUCUCUUCGUUACCAGUUCUGCAGAAGUGAAAUGCUCCCUUUGUGUUGUGGGGAUUCAGGCGCUGGCUGAGAUGAACCGGUGGAGAGAAGUUCUGUCUUGGGUCCUGCAGUAUUAUUAUGUACCUGAACAUCUGCCUCCAAAAGUUCUGGAGCUGUGUAUCCUGUUGUACAGCAAAGUGAAAGAGCCCCAGGUGAUGCUGGAGGUUGGCAGUAGCUGGCUGAGAGACCAAACCAAUAAGAGCCUCCCCGAGUAUGGCUCUGUGCUGGAGCUGUAUCUGUCACACGUGUCGCUUCCGCUCGGCCGGUUUGAGGAGGCCGAAGAGCUCGUCCGUGGCUGUGACGCUUUCGGCAGCGAGCAGCAGGCGGCGUUCCUCGGGGCGGUCUGUGAGGGCCGCGGUCGGUGGGCUCGGCAGGAGGAGACGCGCUCGGCCGCUGCUGCAGAGCAGCAAGGUGCAGCAACAGAAACUGUUCUGGGUGCCCUGUCCCAAAAGCUCUUGACCAUGUUGACAUUGCUACGAAGAGCGCUGAGGUCCAUAUCUGGCCACUUCUAUUUGCUUCCUUACAAAAAGAUGCUCUUGGCUACUUUUCUGCUGUACCUGGUGGUGGUGAGAUUAGACCCAGCUUCUCCCACAUCACUGCCAUUCAUUUACAAACUGGUUCAGCUCUUCCGAAGCUGUAUUUUCUCCAGUCCAUAG